AUGAAUCUUUCUCGCCUACAAGGCUUGCUGGCCUUGGGCUCCUUAUCAGCCCCGGCCUCCGCAGCCUCGUCCGCGCCCGGCGCGACCUCUUAUGUUGCUCCGGCUGGCUUUCCCACCAGUGCUUUCUCCUCUUACUAUUUUCUUCCAGCACGCCCAACCCAAGAACCGCAGCCGGCUAUCUAUGACCCGGUGCUCAAGCUGACCUUCCCCUACAAUCUGACAAACCCCAACACGAUCCCCACGAAGAAUACGGAUCCUCUCUUCUAUCCUGAACCGAAGAGAAAUCUGUCCGAGGCAGAGGCCAAGGCCGUGAUCCAGCAGGUCAUUGCGAAUGUGACCAAGAUAAUUACGGCCAAUACUACUGCCAGCAACUGCACGAGAUGCCAGGAUGCCUUGGCUGCCGCCCAACCAGCCGCCUGGCUGGCCCCGACCCUGGUCCCAGAUGCAAUGGUCUCUCUAUGUAAAGCUUUCCACUUCAGUUCGGACACUUCGUGCGAGCAGAAUUAUGCCGCUAGCAACUUUGGAGAUAUUUGGACACAAGUGCUUUACUAUGCUGAUGUAAAAGGCCUUGAUGGGCAGUACAUCUGCCAUUCGCUCAGCAGCAGCUUUUGCAGCGCCCCCACGACGAGCCCGCUCAAUACUACCGGCCUCUUCCCUAAGCCAAAACCGAAGAAUCCUCGUGUCCCCAAGGCCAGCGGGAAGCGUGUCAAGGUCUUGCACAUGUCCGACGUGCUUUGGACCCCAGGUAUUCUGUCGGUUCGGAAGCCAACUGUCCUCCUGUCCGCAUCGGCUUAUGGCUCAUUCAAGUGUGACUCCCCAUAUGACCUCGUUCUGGCCGCACUCCAAUCCGUCGGCCCCUUGACUGGGACCGGGAAGGACAAGGAGUCGCUGGCGUGGACCAUUUACACUGGAGAUCUUGUCUCCCACGACCCAGAGUCGGAGCUGUCGCGUAUGUACACCGAGUAUACGGAGACAAGUAUCUACGGCAUGUUGAAGUCAUAUGUAACUGGUCCCGUUUUUGCUGCAUUGGGCAACCACGACACCAGCCCCGCAAACAUCGAAGCGCCGCAUACUCUCCCGGGGCCUCUGGGAGAGCAGCAGAGUUGGAAUUAUGAUCACGUCGCCGGGCUCUGGAUGCAUGAGGGCUGGAUCGACAAGGAGGCGGCAAAGACAGCGAGGACUCACUACGGUGCCUACUCGAUUAAGAACCAAUACGGCCUCCGUAUCAUUUCCUUCAAUACGGGGAGAGUGAGACUGAUGAAUGCCAAACAAGACUUCUGGUACUCGUCAAAUUACCUCAAUUUCAUCAAUACCACGAACCCAGACAACUCUGGGAUCUUCUCGUUUAUGAUUGAAGAGCUCCAGAAGGCUGAAGACGCCGGAGACCGUGUUUGGAUCAUCGGCCAUGUCCUCAGUGGAUGGGAUGGCACCAAUCCCCUGCCCAACCCCACGAAUCUCUUUUACCAAAUCGUCGAUCGCUAUUCCCCGCAUGUCAUCGCCAACGUGUUCUUUGGCCACACACAUGAGGACCAGUUCAUGAUCUACUUCGCGAACAACGGGACUGUUCAGAAUGCCGACACUGCUCUGACGACCGGUUGGAUUGGGCCCAGCGUUACCCCGUUGACGAACCUGAACAGUGGAUUCCGGCUCUACGAGGUUGACACAGGCGACUUUAAUAUCUAUGAGGCGUACACUUUCUUCAGCAACGUCUCCAGUUUCCCGUCCCUGAACGCGACCGGGCCCACUUUCAGCCUCGAGUAUUCCACUCGCGAUACGUACGGCCCGGCUGCCUCGUGGGGUUCUGAUGAUCCAUUGAACGCCACGUUCUGGUACCGAGUCACGGAGGCGAUGGAGAAGGACCUCUCGCUGGUGACACUGCACAACACUCUCCAAGGCAAGUCAAGCGUCAAGAGCCCGAACUGCACCAAUACGGCCUGUCAGGAGGCGAAGAUCUGCUACAUGAGGAGCGGAAGCGUUGCGCUGGGAAGCCAAUGUCCCCAGGGGUACGGCUCUGUCCAGAGCGCAUUCUCACCCAAGUCGUGA